CGCGGUUAACACCAUACGCCAUAAACAUAAACAAACAUGAAACUAAGGUAAACAUUUGACGUGUGGCUGCUGUUCGCAACAGUGACGUCAUCAGUGCAAAUACAAACCGACCAAUCGCCAAGCAGCUUUGAGGGGCUUGUCUACUCGCAGUUGUGUAUUCUCUGCACUGCCAGCAUGACGGAGGGGAAGAACGUACCGAAUUCGAGUGCCGAUGUGCCAUUUCGCAGCAAAGAGCUGCGCAAGCAGUCCCUGAUCCAACACACAGGCCUGGUCGGUGUCAUCGAUGAGGGCACCAAGACCAUUGGCUUCUCGAUCUAUACGACGCCCGAUUUCAAGGAAAUCGCCGCACAUCGUGUUGAAUUGGGUGUAAUAUCAUCGCAGGAUGGCUGGUAUGAGCAGGAUCCGUUGGAGAUGAUGGCAUCGAUAAACAAGUGCGCCGAGGAGGCAAUCAAACAGCUUCCAGAACUUGGCUUCAGCUCCAGCGACAUUAUCACAGUCGGCAUUACCAAUCAGCGAGAGACGACUAUCGUGUGGGAUGCUGUCACCGGCAAGCCGCUCUACAAUGCCAUCGUGUGGAAGGAUAUACGCACGAGCAGCACUGUCGAACAGAUUGUGGCCAAGGUUCAGGAUCCGAACUAUUUCAAAAGACGAACUGGAUUGCCUAUAUCAACGUAUUUCUCCGCCCUGAAGAUACGCUGGCUGAAGGACAAUGUGCCCGAGGUGCGGCAAGCGUGUCGCGAGAAGCGCUGCAAGGCUGGCACAGUCGAUAGCUGGAUCAUAUGGAAUCUAACGAAUGGUGCUCUACACAUUACGGAUGUGACAAAUGCUUCACGCACGUUGCUCAUGAAUCUGGAAACCCAAAACUGGGAUCCGGUGUUGCUGAAAACCUUUGCCAUUCGGGAGGAAAUGCUGCCCAGCAUACACAGCUGCUCGGAGGUCUUUGGUAAGAUCACCUCGGAGAGGAGUGCCCUACGCGGCAUCACAUUGAGCGGAAUAUUGGGCAAUCAGCAGGCCUCGCUGUUGGGGCAGAUGUGCGUCAAGCCCGGCCAGACAAAGAAUACAUAUCGUUCCGGCUGUUUUCUACUCUGCAAUACGGGCGACAAGCCCGUCUUCUCCAGCCAUGGACUGUUGACAACGGUUGCCUAUAAGCUAGGACCACAGGCACCAACGAUAUAUGCUCUGGAGGGUUCGGUCUCAGUGGCCGGCCAUGCUCUGUCCUGGUUGCAGCAGAAGGUGCGACUGCUGCCCGAUUCGCGAGAUGCUGAGAAAUAUGCCGAAGCGGUGCCCACGGCGGGUGAUGUUUACUUCGUGCCGGCGUUUACGGGUCUGUAUGCGCCCUAUUGGCGGCAGAAUGCUCGCGGCAUUAUCAUUGGAUUGACGCAGUUCACGCGAAAGAAUCAUAUUGUGCGCGCUGCCCUGGAGAGCAUUUGCUUCCAGACCCGCGACAUAUUGGAGUGCAUGCAUCAGGAGUGCGGCUACGACAUAAACAAACUCCAUGCGGACGGCAAGUUGACUACAAACAAUCUGCUGAUGCAGCUCCAAGCCGACACAGCCGGUCUGCCCCUCUUUCGAUCCCAGCUGAUGGACUCGACGGCCUUCGGAGCGGCCAUGUGUGCCGCCCAGGCCGAAGGCAUCGGUCUGUGUAAAUUUGAGCCGGAGAAGCGUUACUACGAGAACGUCCAUUACGACACCUUUCUGCCGACCACCACGGAACAGGAGCGCGAAGAGCGGUACGGCAAGUGGAAGCGUGCCGUGGAACGCAGCCUGGGCUGGGUCAUCAAGCAGAAGAAGACGCGCACCCACACCGAAGAGAACUAUCGCAUGUUAUCCUCAUUGCCAGCGAGCAUCUUCCUUAUCAGCACUUUUGCCAUGCUCGUCCAUUCCCUAUCAGCAACUGUGAAGUCAUAAAUGACAAAAAACAAAAACAAAAUGUGUAUUUGGUUUUACAACCUUAAGACUCAUUGAAAAUGUGUGAAAAAAAUUUGGGUAUAUUGUAUUUGUGGAAAUGUAUGU